AUGGCUGUCUGCAAUUUAACCUUCGAUGAAAUACAAGGGCUCCCCUCACUUGAAGAUGAAUUCGAAUACUUUAGAGUUCUAAGUGGUGAAAAAGAAAUUGAAGUGAAAGCAAGUUCAAGCUUUGAAGCAGCAGUUAAAAUGGCAUUUACCUUACAUGUAAGAGAAGGUGGACAGCUCGAUAUCGAUGAUCGUGGUGUAGUUAUUACUGUUAUCUCGCCAAAUGAAGACGAAUUUAAAUAUAGAGCUAUUAAUGCAGACCCUGUUGCUGUUGAGCUCCUGGAAAAAAAUGUCAAAGUCUCCGAGAAUGAAGUUAAUACGGUGUCUACGACCGACGAUCCUGUUGUUUAUACUUUUACGAACGCGUCUGAGAGACUUGACUUUUCAAACGGUUCAUUAAUCGAUACAACGCUUCGAAACUAUUUUGGGUUUCCUUCGUUUAGACCUCUUCAAAAGGAAACGAUUAUUUCCACUAUGGCUGAAAAGAAUGUUCUUACAGUUGUUGGAACAGGAGGAGGAAAAACUCUCACAUACUUACUGCCUGCCGUUCUUUCUUCCCAUCCUACUCUUGUAUUAUCUCCUAUCAAGUCUUUAAUUGAUGACACCCUAGUUCGCUGCCUAAAUCUUAACAUUCGCAGUUGCAAGUUUACUGGAGAUGUUCCCCAUGAU